AAAACAAGACAGUCUUUGACAAGAGAAAUGUACUCUAUUCAACGGCUUUUGCAGUUGCUGAUUGUCUGUCUUGCGGUUGUUCCGUCGUUGUGUACAGCAUAUGUGAAGAAGAGUUAUUUCAGUGAGCCCAGUAACAAGGACUGGUACACGGGCAUUCGUUAUCGUGACAAUACAAAACUUUUCAUUCCUGGAGAUGUUCCGGAAUCAAACGAACUUCAAAAGCGCACAUCCGAGUAUAGCGUUCAGAAACUGGUGAUGGGCGUCCCUGAUGGCGGCAAGGUGUACAACGCGAUGUCGUUGACCAUUACCGUUCCAAACAAGGAAGCGAACCAACAGCGUGGAAUCCCCAUUUCGAAAAUGACCAACGGUAAUUCUGAGUUCUCCUUAGUGGAUUUCUCGACUGUUUAUUUGAAUCGAGAUGCUCCCCAAACCUACAUCUUUUUCACUUAUUUUGAAAAUAAAACACUCUACAGCUACAAUCUAGCAACAGACAAAAUGACUCCGCUCUCUUCUCUCCCGGUCAAGCAUAUGAAAUCGCUCGGUCAACAUCCCAGCGACAUCACCAUCACAUUACAGGGAACACACGUCCGUUUUUCAUACUAUGCCAUGUUCCUACGCAAAUGGAACGGGUGA